AUGACGCCUCGACCGCACGCUCUCGUCAUCCCCUACCCGGCGCAGGGCCACGUCAUCCCGCUCCUGGAGCUUGCGCACGCGCUCGUCGCCAGGGGCUUCACGGUCACCUUCGCCAACUCCGAGUUCAACCACCACCGCGUCGUUGCCGCCAUGGCGGACACCACCACUAAGGAUGGCAGCACCGGGCUGCUGGAUCGUAUCAGGCUGGUGGCCGUGCCGGACGGCAUGGACCCUGGAGAGGACAGGAGCAACCUCGUCAGGCUGACCGUGGUCAUGGCGGAGCACAUGGCCCCGCGGGUGGAGGACCUCAUCCGUCGAAGCCAUGGCGAGACGACCGAGGACGACGACACUGGCGACGGGCCGAUUACGUGCAUGGUGGCGGACUACAACCUCGGGACGUGGGCACUGGACGUCGCGCGGAGGACGAGGAUAAAGUCCGCGGCCAUCUGGCCGGCCUCCGCCGCCGUACUGGCGAGCAUUCUGAGCAUCCACAGGCUGAUUCAUGAGAACAUCAUCGACUCCAACGAUGGGUCUGCACUGACGCAAGCCACGUUCCAGCUGUCCCCAGACAUGCCCGUCAUGCACACCGCCCACCUCGCGUGGAACUGCAUCGGCAGCCACGAGGGGCAGGAGGCUCUCUUCCGGUACCUCAUCGGCGGCGUCCGCGCCGUCGAGAAGUGCGACUUCAUCCUCUGCAACUCCUUCCACGGCGCCGAGCACGCGACCUUCGCGCGGUUCCCCAAGGUCCUCCCCAUCGGCCCGCUCCUCACCGGCGAGCGCCGCGGCAAGGCGGUGGGACACUUCUGGCGGCCCGAGGACGACGCGUGCAUCUCGUGGCUCGACGCGCAGCCGGCGAGGUCCGUCGUGUACGUCGCCUUCGGCAGCUUCACCAUGUUCGACUCGCGCCAGUUCCAGGAGCUCGCGCUGGGGCUGGAGCUCUGCGGCCGGCCGUUCCUCUGGGUGGUGCGCCCGGACAUCGUCCACGGCGACGUCCACGACUACCCCGACGGGUUCCUAGGCCGCGUCGUCGGUGCCGGCGGCCGCGGCAUGGUAGUGGCGUGGUCGCCGCAGCAGCGGGUGCUGGCGCACCCUGCGGUGGCGUGCUUCGUGUCGCACUGCGGGUGGAACUCGACCAUGGAGGGCGUCCGCAACGGGGUGCCGUUCCUGGCAUGGCCGUAUUUCGCCGACCAGUUCGUCAACAAGGUUUACAUCUGUGACGUCUGGAAGGUUGGGCUCGAGGCCGAGGCCAACGAGUCGGGGGUGAUCACCAAGGAGCACAUCGCCGGCAGGGUGGAGGAGCUGAUGAGCGACGGGGGCAUCAGGGAGAGGGUGGAAGCCAUGAAGAAGGUUUCCCAUGAGAGCGUCAAGGAGGGGGGCUCCUCGCACGACAACUUCGACAUGUUUGUUGAGGCGAUGAAAACUUGA